AUCAAGACCAGGCGCACAGAUGUUCUGAGAACAACCUGGACUUCAAUAAUAACAAUAUCUAAUAUACACUUUUAUCAGCAGGAGAACAACAUCUGCAGAUAUGGAUCAGAGGGCAGUGUGCACCGGGUGCCACCGGCUGAUCCGGGACCGGUUCCUGCUCAGAGUCACCGACGGCCUCUGGCACGAGGAGUGUGUGCGGUGCGCCGCGUGCGGAGACGCACUCAGGAACUCGUGUUUUCUGCGGGACCGCAAACUUUACUGCAAACGGGACUACGCUCAACUGUUUGCCGUGCGUUGUGGAGGCUGUGGAGAAGCCAUCUCUCCUGCAGAGAUGGUGAUGCAUGCGGGGGCCGCUGUGUUCCACCUGCGCUGCUUCACCUGCAGUGUGUGUUCCUGCCGCCUGCAGACCGGAGACCGCUGCGUCCUCAGGGAGGGACAGCUACUGUGUGCCAGAGAAGACUACCACCAGUGUCUGGCCAGCCCCACCUCCUCCGACACAGGUAAAAGUGAUGAUGAAGAAGAUGAGGAAGAGGAACCUGAGAGAGUCACAGGCAGACGCAUACGAUCAGAAGACCUGGAAAACAAACGUCCCAAAAGGCCGCGCACAAUUUUGACCACUCAACAGAGACGGACCUUUAAAGCGUCAUUUGAGGUCUCAUCCAAGCCUUGCCGAAAGGUAAGGGAGACGUUGGCAGCAGAAACUGGUCUGAGUGUCCGGGUUGUGCAGGUCUGGUUCCAGAACCAAAGAGCCAAAAUGAAGAAACUGGCCAGAAGACAACAGCAGCAGCAGGAGCAGCAGCAGACGCAGGAGCAACAUGAGCACACAACACUUCACACAGUGCCCUCCUGUGGUGGAUUGACCUCCGACAUGGAGCGCCUGGCAUCUGCCUGCUCUCACAUUCAGCAGCAGCAGCAGAUGGGGCUCACCACACUGGAGCAGCAGGACUACGACAUGGACCCCUUCAGACAGGGCCUGACCCCUCCUCAGAUGCCAGGGGAUCACAUGCACCCCUACGGUUUCAAAGGCCUUUAUGGUGACAUGGAUGGAGAUCCGCUGUGUCACAUGGCUGACAGUGACUGUCUUUCCCUGGGUGACGCCUCUCUACUCACCCCCAUCGACCGCCUCUACUCGAUGCAGGACUCCUACUUCACCUCCUGAGGGUGAACACUCAAAAGCAGUCUUAGUCUGCAUUGUUCUCAUCCUCUGGUUCCUUUAGUGUUAAGGUAGAAGAAGGAAUGGGUGCAAAUGUGCCACCAAAAGGACUUGGGUAAACUGUGACAACAAACAAUACACAGUACUAUAAACCAGUGGUAACCACACCUCCAUGUAAACACAAUGACACAGCUGCCUCUUUACAAUCCUACAGUAUGAUACAGGCUCUCUGUGGAUGCAUGAUACUUGGGACCUCUCUCACUAAUGUAUGUUUGAAUGCUAUGAGAGAUUAUAACAGCACCUACUAAUGUAAAUAGCUGUUUGGGUGUAUUUGUAUUUAUUCUGUGUGUGUAUGCUUUCAAUGUCAGACAAACCACCAACAAUCAAUAAAUAACUGUUAUCAUAUGAUGGAGA